AGACAGAGAUGUGAGAAUGUAAUUUCCUCACAAGCAGUAAGCAGCAGCUAAUUGUCAAUUACACCACUUCUAGACCCACCAUCUGUGGAGGUAGUCUGAGAGUUGCCAUUGAGAUUAUUCUUCAUCCCAGGGCUGCCUCGGUGUGGGGCAGUGUUUAAUUCUCUCGGUCUUGUUCUUAAAGUCCCAGUGAAACAAGUAGGAGUUUUGCUUUAUGUUGAUAUAUGUGUAGCACUGAUGUAUAGCUGCUCCCUGAUGACAUUUAGUACUGGUGCCUGAGACUGCAUAAAUAAAUGACAUAAAAAUGGACUUGUGGCAUCAUUAGCUGCACCCCCAUUCCAAGGGGAGCCUUCAGCAAGCCUGUGUGUCUAAUUGGAGCUGACAAAGAGCAGAAUAACACAUGGAGACCUCCAGAGCUAAUGAAUCUGUGCCAAAUUCAGCUCUCUGUUGUACUGGUGUAAAGUUAGAUAAGCUGUGCCUGCAGGGGGGGGUUAUACCAGAUUUACUUCAUGUUUACACCUGUGUGCUGCAAUCGGUGGCAGGCGGCAUGCCCUAGGCUCCUUAGCGAGUGUCUUUCCAUUGCUUCUGACUUCAGCAGACUCUGGAUCUGGCCUCGAUGGUUAAAAUAUAAUCGGAGUCCAGAGUGCAGAAAACAGAUUACAUGCCUGCUAUUGUAGUGCAAUACUUUCCAGAGCAAGCAUUAGCAGUAUGUACACAAGUGCCAGAUGAAUUAAGCUGGCAUUCCUGUUUUCAGCUCCAGUAGGAGAGGAUUGCUUUUAAACAACUCACGCCUGCUGUGCCGUGUCUGGAGUUGGAGCUGAGUGGUGCUGCUGGGAGGACGCAUGUGACAGAAGCCACAGUUGCAGGCUGCCCCAGCUGCCGAGGCCUGGCUGGCACUGGCAGUGUGCAAGGCCACCCCACCGAGCAGGCUCAGCAUGUCCCUCCGCGAGCACGCAGUGGCCCUCUUCCGCUGUGCGGUGGGCACCGUCCGGCCAGCUCCCAUGCUGAAGAGGGCUGUGAAGCUCCAGGGAGAUGGGGAGCCCCAGCUUCUGGUGAAGGGACAAGCCUUCCCAGUGAAGAGGAACGUGUACCUGGUGGGUUUUGGCAAAGCUGUGCUGGGGAUGGCCGCGGCAGCAGAAGAGAUCCUGGGAGACCACUUGAUCCGAGGGAUCAUCAAUGUGCCGAUGGGCAUCCAGGAGAGCCUGCGGCAAGCGGGAAUGCGGGAGAUGCUCCUGAAGCCACACAGCAAAAUCCAGGUGAUCGAAGGUGCCAAGAACAACCUCCCAGACCAAGAGGCUCUGAAGGGAGCAGCAGCCAUCCAGCAGCUGGCUGAGGGCCUGACUGCAGAUGACUUGCUCCUGGUGCUCAUCUCAGGGGGUGGAUCCGCCCUUCUGCCUGCUCCUAUCCCUCCCAUCGUUCUUGAAGAGAAGGAGAAACUCACAAAGAUGCUGGCUUCCCAAGGAGCUGCCAUACAGGAGCUGAACACCGUCCGGAAGGCUCUGUCUGUGCUGAAGGGUGGAGGGCUGGCCCGGAUCGCAUAUCCUGCACAGGUGGUAAGCCUCAUCCUUUCUGAUGUGAUCGGUGACCCCUUGGACAUCAUAGCAAGUGGGCCCACUGCUGCCAGCUCCCACAGCAUCCAAGACUGCCUUCAGAUACUGACCAAAUACAACCUGCUGCACAGCCUGCCCAAGUCAGUGGAAACAGUCCUGUCCAGGUCUCCCACCAAGGCCACUGCUCCAGAAGACUACUCCCACGUCUGCAACAUCAUCAUCGGAUCAAACACUCUGGCUUUAGAUGAGGCCAAAUGCCAAGCUGAGGGCCUGGGCUACACAACUCUGAUUCUGAGCACAGCAGUCCGUGGGGAGGUUGGCCAUGUUGCCAUGCUGUACUGCCAGCUGAUCCAGCUGCUCCACCUUGGUUUCACUGGCCUCGGAGAAGGGCCCCUGAGUGAUGGGGUCAGGAGAAACCUCCUGCAGCUGGCAGCAGAGCUAGAGAUCCCUGGUUUGGACCUUGCUGAGUUCCUGCAGGUCCUGAGAGGAUUAGGGCCCAGAAGACCAGUCUGCAUCCUGGCCGGCGGAGAAACCACGGUUCAGCUUCAAGGAACUGGCAAGGGAGGUAGGAACCAGGAACUGGCCCUGCGUGUGGCACUGAGGCUGUACAAGGCAUGGGCCAUGGAGACCAGCAGCCCCCCAGGGCACUGUGAGAUCAUCUUUCUUAGUGGGGGAACAGAUGGGCAAGAUGGGCCAACGGAAGCAGCAGGAGCCUUCUGCAGCCCAGAGCUGGUGGGUGAGGCACUGCAGGAGGGCCUUGAUGUGGAGGCCUUUCUCAGCAAUAAUGACUCCUAUACGUUCUUCAGCCAGUUCCGAGAUGGGCAUCACCUCCUGGUGACAGGCUUGACUGGCACCAAUGUCAUGGACAUCCAGGCUAUUUUAAUUAGAGACACAGAGAGAUCAUGAGAGCAACCUCUGCAGAUACCCAGAUGCUUUUAACAGGACCAGGGAUAAAUGGAAGCAUCAAUAAAUACUGCAGACAAAUGUAACCUGGUCACAUUAGGACCCUGGGGUCCUACUAUCUUUGACAGAAAGAAUCCACUAAUUAGACACGAGUGGAUAUCCACAGCAAAAGCAAGCACUUGUAACUGAUCAGAGGAAGGUAAGAGGGCACAUUACAGACACAAAGGCCAAAUUUGACAUUUCUGCCGAGAGCUGCCACUCUUGUAACCAUUUCAACUACAGUUAAAAGACCACAGGGAAACCUGAGGAGACACAGAGACCCCAAGCCCAGCAUGAUGCACACCCAGCAAAGGGGCACAUGGGCCAAGAGAUGUAUUUGAUACUGGACAGACAAUAAAAAAGCAGUGCACAGUGACAGUGUCACAGAGUGUGAUAUACCUGCACUGUACAGCAUAAGGAAGGGGACAAUUAAGGUGCAGUGGCAAACCAGCUGAGUGAAGGCCUUUUCCUCCAGCCUCCUUCCCCCUCCGCAGGGCAUCUUCUUUGCUGAUACCAGAUGUGAGAGCCUCCAUGCCAGCAGCGUGUAUGUGACCAGUUUUCAUGGUGUUGUUUUCCAGCUGCCUAGCAAAGAGUUGUGCAUUCAGCCUGAGCCACUGACCUUUCUUCUGUGCUGAGGCAGAAGUCGCUGUCACUCUGAUUAACUCUGCUAAUUCCACAGAACAAAAGGCAAGGAAACCUUCAUGCUCGUUUCUCCUGACCCACGCUGCUGAGCUGAUCAAAGGGCAAAACUGCUGGAGCUGCAUGUCGACAGGGAGCUGCUCCUCCACAUGUAUAAGGACGUGGUGGUUAUUGCAAUUUCAUCACCUACUGCAGUGCAGGAUGGGGGAGAGCAGAGAUGAGCUGCAUUUACCAGGACGCGGAGCCCACGGUGGGGCUGGAUUUCAGAAGGGCUCUGCCUGUAGCAACAGGCACAGUGAUGGUUUUGGCUGGAUAUUCAAAAGACUUCAGCUCAGCAGCCAGUAUGACCCAACAUGUCCAACUCCUUUUGAAUAUCUGCCUGUUGGUUGCAGAGCCUAAGUGGGAGCUGAGCGCCUUUGAAAAUCCAGCUCUGAUUUAAUAGGCCACACUUAUUCAGACAAACAGGCAGAGCAGCCUGCUCCGUGUGGCUGAUCUCAUCUUGUGACAUAAAUACACUGUCCUGCCAACACCCCGAGUCGUGGUGUCUCACUGAGCAGGCGUUCUACGCCCUGCUCCAGAAUGGAUUGGAGGGUGGAUUUCUGAGGAGAUGUGACACCUCCUGCGUCGAUUUCAAAGCCGGUAUGUAACAAUUAGGCAUAUCAGCAAGACCAUCACGGGGCCCAGUACUGAUGCCAGACUGGCAGCUUGACUGCCUGGGCCACAGCCCAGGCAUAGCAUCAAGGCAAAGCCUGGGGAUUUCAAAACGCUGGUGUUGCCCCAGUCGUUUAAACUCAUCCACACAUCUUAUUUGUCCUCUGAGUCUGAAGGUCUUCUGUAACAUGCCUGAACUUGCUCACUCUGGCAAACAGCUUAGAGAUCUGCUGGGGAAAACCUGCCAAGCUUUGUCAAGCUCGCCAUGCCCCUGUAAUGUCAGGUGGCAGUUGUGCAGGAGAAGGUCUGUGCCAUGCAUUUUUCUCUGGAGGCUGCUGGCAGGUUGCCUCUGCCAUGCCAGGCGUGCCAGCACUGUGGGGACACCGACACGCGCAGUGAUACAGCCAAAAAGUGUGGGAUGUGGCCAGGAUAUCUGUCCAAGGCUGGCUCCAAAUGGUUGCUAAUGCUGGCUGUCCAGUUCUGCUCCGGUGAAAUCCAGAGUGACUCCAAUUUCAGUCUGGCUUCUCCUGGGAAAAUGCCUCCCACGUGUACCUUGAGCAGUGUCCUUGCUUUCUAAACAGUGGCUUUUUACUAACAAUUAAAGAGGCAUUGGGGUGGAUAGAAGAAUAAUAAAUGGCUUGUUGAAAGGA